ACUUCAAAGAUGUUUAUCUGCGUGAAUCACUCCUCCCGUGUGUCUCCGUUCACCUCCAAACUACGCAAGUCAAAACGGAGACAUGCACCCGUCCUAACCCACAAAAUGAAUCGCAACAAACUUUCCGGCAGGAGUCCGCCAGUGCGCGUCCACGCAGCACCACAUAAAAUGUGCCCGACGGCCGAAGCGCACCGACACACCGGCGAGUUGUGAAUGAAAAAACGCUCCCCCGUACACGAGAAAUUACAUAAUAAUCCACCAUGCAGGAAUGGUUGAAGAUCUCGCUGCUGCUGUGCCUGUUCGGCUUCCUGAAGGAGAUCAGACCGUCGGAGCCCUACAUCUACGAGUUCCUGGUGGACACGCGGUGGAGGAACGUCACCGAUGCACAGGUCACCCAGGAGGUCUACCCGGUGGGCACCUAUGCCUAUUUGGCGCAGCUGAUCGUCGUGUUCUUGAUCACCGAUCUGUGCAGAUACAAGCCGCUGAUCGUGGUGUGUGGACUUUCUGCCAUCGCAGUCUGGGGCAUGCUGCUCUGGAGCAAGACUCUGUUGGAGUUGCAGAUUUUGGAAGUUUUGUAUGGGACAUUCAUGGCUACUGAAGUGGCCUACUACACCUACAUCUACGCCAAAGUGGACAAGGAACAUUAUCAACUCGUGACAUCCCAUACGAGGGCUGCGAUCUUAGGUGGACGUGCGCUGUCCGGGGUGCUUGCUCAAAUUUUGGUCUCUUCGGACACCAUGAACUACAGGGACCUGAACUACAUUAGUUUCGCCGCCGUGAUAUCUGCCACAGUUUGGUCGAUUUUCCUGCCGUCGGCGGACAAAAGCAUUUACUUUCACCAGGAAGCAAUCCGCCAUCAUUCCGCCAGCGAGAAAACGAAGGACGCCUUCGAAAAGAUGAAAACGCACUUCGUGAGCUCCUUCUCGAAAAUCUACGUCAUAAAAUGGUCGCUGUGGUGGACGUUGUCCUACUGCGGGUACCUCCAAGUGCAGAGUUACAUGCAGCCACUCUGGGCUGUCAUUCAGCCAGACGACGAAGAGACCAGCUACAACGGUGCCGUGGAAGCCAUCCUCACAGUUCUGGGAUUUUUGGGUGCCCUGUUCGGCGGCGUUUUGAACGUCGACUGGCCCAUGAAGGGUGACUUGGCUAUCUCUAUUGUGGGGCUUUUGGAAGGGUUUAUAUUGCUGUAUAUCUCACAAACCGAAAGCAUUUUCAUUUGCUAUGUUUGCUAUAUAGUUUUCGGGGGAUUUUUCCAUUUUAUGAUCACCAUUGCCAGCUCAGAAAUCGCCAAGCACAUUUCGGAAGACGGUUACGGCUUGGUAUUCGGCAUAACCACGUUUGUAGCUUUAGUUUUUCAAUCCGUGUUGACUGCGGUUGUGGUCACGAAGAACGUAGGGUUUGCACUUGGACCCAGAGAUCAGUAUUUUACUUAUGGGUGUUUCUUUAUAGUAGUGGGAGCUCUUUAUAUAGUCAUAGGUUUGACCAGUUGGUUUACAAGUAAGAAGGACAUGAGAAAAGCCAGUAUUGCUACUAAUGCAUAAGUGCCAAAAGUUUUAUAGACUCAACUUCUUAAAAUAUUAAACUUCUUUGGUUCCUAACACUUUUUACUUUUAUGACAACUCACUGGUUAGUUGGCAAGACAUUGAUACAUAUCAAGCGGCCAAAAGUAAACGUGUAAAUGAAAAAUUUUAAUUUUUAUUUCAUACACCUGGAAUUUUCACAAAGAAAUCAAAACUUUUCGAAAACAUUUGAGAGAUGGACUACUGUGAUUAUUUAGCAAUACAUUGAUAUUUUCAUAUAUACACCUAUGAGUUAAAAUAGUGAUUACUUUGAUUUGUUGUUUGUAUUUUAAAAUAGCUGUGAUAAUUUUAUAUAGUACUAAUAAAAAAAUAAAACUUGUAUUACUUUUAAUACAACCCAUGUUUUUGUUUGACCAAUUUUUUACACACGUCCGUAAUGUGUGAUAGUUUUAUUUCAGAGAUAAAAAUGACUGAAUAGAGAUUAGAUAAUUAUGAUUUUAGAGAAUUAAUCACUUUUAUGAUCAUUUAACAUUACAAGCAGAAAACUAUUCAUAUUAGAAAGCAAUGUACUUAAUGAAAAUUUCCACAACAGUGUCACAAAAUUGUUAAAAAAUUACUUGUUAAUAAAAAUCUUUUGAAAGUUGUA